CGGCGCGGAGGCUGCGUCACGCCGAGGAGUUGCUGCUGCUGCGGCGGCUGCUGCUGCUGCUGUGCCUCUGUGUGCUCGCCUCCCAAGCCUCGCCCGCUCUCUUCCCGGCCCAGGUCCUUUCCGAGGAAGGCUUGGGUGGUGGUGGUGGAGGAGGAGGAGAGCUCCCUGCUUGUGAUCUGAAAGCAAGACAAAAUGGUGAAGCUGGGGAACAAUUUGGGCGAGAAGAGCAGCAAGCAGCCCCUCCUGGAGGAUGGCUUCGACACCAUCCCCUUGAUCACGCCGCUGGACGUCAACCAGCUCCAGUUCCCUCCCCCGGAGAAGGUGGUGGUCAAGACGAAAACAGAAUAUGAACCUGACCGGAAGAAAGGGAAAUUCCGUACACCCAAAAUAGCUGAGUUCACAGUAAGCAUCACUGAAAGUGUCUCAGAACGGUUUAAGGUAACUGUUUUGGUCCUUUUUGCCCUUGCCUUCCUCACGUGCAUUGUAUUUCUGGUAGUGUACAAGGUUUACAAGUAUGACCAUACUUGUCCAGAAGGCUUCGUAUUCAAGAACAAUCAAUGCAUCCCGGCUGGAUUAGAGAACUACUACUCUGAACAAGACUCUAAUGCCAGAGGAAAGUUUUAUACGGUCAUAAACCACUACAACCUGGCCAAACAAACCAUCACACGGUCUGUUUCUCCAUGGAUGACAGUGCUGUCAGAAGAGAAACUUUCGGAGCAGGAGACGGAAGCAGCUGAGAAGUCAGCCUAAAAGAAUUUAAUCUUGUUAAUUGGAAGGCGGUAUCGAGGGGGUUUUCAUGGGAUGUCUCAUUAUUAAUGAUAAUUUAGAGGUUAAACCUAUAUUUACGGUGUAAUUGCUUUGGUUUGCUGAUAGCUGCUUUGCAAAAAAAAAGAAAAAAAGAAAAAUGAGAAAAUGAAAAUCUACGACCAUUAAUGGUCAAGUGCAUAUCAGCCUUGCUUUACAGCUUUAACACCAGUUUCUCUUUUAAUAAAACAAAUUUAGGUGCAUUGUUGCAAUCUAGAAAUUUCAUUGAGCCAUUUGGGGGAGGGGGUGACAAGGCAAAGUUUUGCAUUUUGCAGUGUGUACUAGUGUUUUGUUUGUUUUAGAAUCUGUUUUGUAAACUAAAUAAUCACAACCAUAACUCAAUAUGGUAUUGGCUAGCUAUGAGCUGUAUCUAAAAAUGGCUUGCAACUGCAAAAUAAGCAUCAAGAAAAUAAGUUGGCCUGUUUUUGCUCACCAUAUCAGAUAUGUUAAGAGAUAAUUAGGUCAUUAGUUUUUUUUAUGGCAUGCUUGAUGGUUGAUUUGUUAUACCUGUGGACAUUUCACUGCGUUUCCACUAUGUCUAAGGAGUCUUGUAUAUGGACUUGCACUAAAACACAAAAUAGACACUAGGGAGCUGUAUAAUUUAAUGACUGAUAAUAAUGUUCUAGUAAGUAAACAAACAUGCGAGACUGUAAAGCGACAAAUAUCCUGAGAAAGUACUGCAGCUCUAUGGAAUAAACAGACAGAAAACCUUUCACUGUAGACGUAAACACGGUGUAAUUCGUGCGAUGAUGGAAGGAAUCAUUUUGUUAGAUUUUUCUCUUUUUUGUAAAACAUUAAAAAUGUUUCCCCUUUUCUCUAUGUUGCAAAAUCUUGCUUGUUUUGUUAGCAGCAUCUUUGGCAUUUUCUAAUGUUUAAAUAGCAAAACUGCAAUCUGAAGCAUACAUAUCAGGAAGCAAGUUUCAUUGAAUUCAGUGGGAUUUUCGCAUAAACAUUUAUAAGAACUGGUUGUGUAAGGAAUAAAACUGAAUGCAUUAACUCUUCUCGCCCCAUUGUAUUUUGACUGCAUUGGACGCUACCUUUUUUGAGGUAAAUGAAGUAGAUGGGGGUUAAAAUUGUAGUUGAGCUUUUAUUGUAUUGACGUAUUCCUAAAUCAUUACUUCAAAUAUUUUAAAAUAUUUUUUGAAUUGCAGGUUAGACCGAAUGGCCCCUGUGGUCUCUUCCAACUUACUGAUUCUAUGAUUAGCUUCAUAGUUUUAUACAUAGCUAUUAGGUAUCAGUGGUCAACCUAAAUCGCAAGCAGCAUAAACCGAAAACAGAAUAAUGGUGUAUCUAGCCAUGGGUUUAGAUUUUCACCCAGUUUUCCAGUGCUGCGCUGUGUACUGUAGUGACAACACUAGAGCAAUGUUUUUCAACUAGUGGCACUUCAUUCGGCAUCAAGUGUUGCCGGUCUGGAAAACUACACUGGAAUGGCCAGUGUCACUUAACUGUAUUGUUCAGCUAAUUCCAACUGGCAUUUGUGUUCAUAUUCUGAAUGUGCUACUUCCUAGUGGACAUGUCAAAAGUUUCAUUGUUUUUGUAGAGACACAUUUCACAAAAACAGGGAUGUCUUUCCCUCCUGCAUUUUUAGUAGAACAAACAUGGUUGGUUCGGUGUGAUAUUUCUUUCCAAUAUAUUUAAAAGCGUCAAAGUUCACUUAGAAAAUGCCAACUGCUUUUCCAUUUAGAAGAUUUUAAAACUGAUCAUAGUUAUGUGUUGUACAUUUACUUUUUUAGAAUAUCAUCCUUGCUGUGUGGAAUACAUAAAAGCAAUAAAGUAUGUGCCAAAUCUUUCUUUGCAUUUAAAAAAAAUCUAAUUCAAUCCCAUAUAAACAUAUUCAACUUUGCCAUGUUUGUAUUUCCUAGUAAUCAGUACUUUAUUGAAUGUAAAUUUACAUGUAACUUUUGACAUUUUCACUCUAUGUAAAAUAAAAGAAGUAUGACCACA